GUUAGUCGGCCGGCUCUAGGUUGCAUAGUGUGUUGUUUGUUCGUUGUUCGUAACAUGGCUCCAGAAAUUAAAUAUACUAAAAUCUUCAUUAACAAUGAAUGGGUUGGAUCAAAAAGCGGUAAGACAUUCGACACUUACAAUCCCCACGAUGGAUCUGUUAUUGCUAAAGUGGCAGAAGGAGACAAGGAUGACAUAGCAGCUGCAGUGGCCGCAGCGAAGGCUGCGUUCCAUCGCAACUCGGAAUGGCGUCUGUUAGACGCAUCAGCACGAGGCCGUCUCCUAAAUAAGUUUGCUGAUCUUAUUGAGCGCGAUCAGGAGUAUCUGUCCAGCUUAGAGACAUACAACAACGGCAUGAUUUGCAGCUUCAGCAAGUUCAUGGCGCAGGGCAUGCUGCCUGCUAGCGUUAGAUAUUUAGCCAGCUUGGCUGAUAAGAUUCAAGGGGACACUAUUCCCACGGAUGGUGACCUAUUUACAUAUACUCUAAAGCAGCCUGUUGGUGUAUGUGGUCUCAUUUUGCCGUGGAAUGGGCCAAUGCCAAUGUUUGUUAACAAAGUUUGUACGGCCUUAGCAGCAGGUUGUACUGUGGUAGUGAAACCAGCGGAACAGACACCAUUGACCGCUUUAGCUUUAGCAGCUCUCCUCGCUGAAGCCGGUGUUCCUAAAGGCGUGGUCAACGUAGUUCCAGGAUAUGGUCAUACAGCCGGGGCAUCACUCACACACCACCCUGAUGUUGCGAAGAUAUCUUUCACGGGAUCCGUGGAGGUUGGCAAACUUAUCCAACAAGCUGCCGGGGUGAACAACCUAAAACGCGUCACUUUGGAAUUGGGCGGCAAGAGCCCUCUGGUUAUUAUGGACGACGCUGACCUGAAUCUCGCGGUACCGGUGGCAGCACAUGGUGUGUUCACUCAUCAAGGCCAGGUGUGCGUAGCAGCGUCUAGAUUGUACGUGCAGUCAGGCAUUUACGACAAAUUCGUGGAAGCGGCGGUGAAGUACGCCCAAACGCUGAAGAUAGGAAACCCAAAUGACCCCACCACGCAGCAUGGGCCACAGAUCGAUGAUGAGAUGUUAAAAAAGGUUUUGGGAUACGUAGAACAAGGCAAGAAAGAAGGUGCUAAGUUAUUGACAGGUGGAAAACGCAUUGGCAACACUGGUUAUUAUAUCGAGCCUACGGUCUUCGCUGAUGUGAAAGAUAAUAUGACCAUUGCCAAAGAAGAGAUUUUCGGCCCUGUGCAGAGUAUCCUAAAGUUUGAUACUUUAGAGGAGGUGAUCGACCGAGCAAAUAACACCAGCUUUGGCCUGGCGGCCGGCAUUUGUACUACUAACGUCAAUAAUGCCUUGCAGUUCAGUAAACACGUCGAAGCUGGUAUUGUAUGGGUUAACACAUACUUGGUUUUUGGUGCGCAAGCUCCGUUCGGAGGAUUCAAAGAAUCAGGUCUUGGACGUGAAGGUGGAAUAAACUGCCUGGAUCCCUACUUGGAGGUCAAAACAGUUUCCAUGGCCCUACCAAAGAAGUUAUAAAAGUGCCAGAUGAAUUUAUACCUGAUAAUAAUAUUAUAGUGAUUAUUGAUAUUGACUCUUAAGAAACUUAUAAUAACGUUUUAUUACUUGGAUGGGUGGAUGUGAUGUAUGGGUUAUUUGUAUGAUCAUAUAAACAUUUGAAUCGACUGCAAUAUUAAACAAAAUAAAUAUUUCAAAUAUCUG